UGCGGCGGGGCUGGGAUGGCGGCGCGUGCUGGGUGGUGCUGCCGGGCCGGGCUGAGCCGCGUGGCUCUGCUGUCCCGGGCUCUGGCGUUCCCGGUUGCGCUGUCCCAGGCUGUGCUGUCCCGGGCCGCCGGCGGAACCCUGGGCACGCCUCGCUGGGGACGCGCCGCUUUUUCGUCGGCGGCCGCCGUGAGCGGCAGGGAAGGGCCGCAGCCUCAGGAAGGUUCAGUAAGGAGAAGAGGCAGGACACCACAGUUUGUAAGUUCGGCUGCACCUCCCAGGACGGAGAGGAUGGCUGUGGAUCAGGACUGGAGCAGUGUGUAUCCAACAGCAGCUGCCUUUAAACCUGCCUCUGUGCCUCUCCCAGUCCGAAUGGGUUACCCAGUGAAGAGAGGAGUGCCUCCACCAAAAGAAGGCAACCUAGAACUUAUCAAGAUUCCCAAUUUUUUGCAUCUUACUCCUCCUGCAAUUAAGAAGCACUGUGCAGCUCUUAAAGAUUUCUGCACUGAGUGGCCAAGUGCUCUGGACAGUGAUGAGAAAUGUGAACAGCAUUUUCCCAUUGAAAUUGAAACAGUAGAUUAUGUUUCUUCAGGGAUUUCUAUUCGGAAUCCCAAGGCAAGAGUGGUGACCUUAAGAGUUAAACUUUCUAACCUGAAUUUGGAUGACCAUGCAAAGAAGAAGCUCAUUAAGCUCGUGGGAGAGCGGUAUUGUCGGGAGACAGAUGUACUCACAAUUACAACAAAUAGGUGUCCCUUGAGAAGACAGAACUAUGAUUACGGCAUGCACCUGCUCACAGUGCUGUACCACGAAUCCUGGAAAACUGAGAAGUGGGAGAGCGAGAAGUCUGAGGAAGACAUGGAAGAGUAUAUCUGGGAAAACAGUCACUCUCAGAAAAAUGCCUUGGACACACUGCUUCAAAUAAAAGCCUCAGAGAAUGUCAGUAAUGUCACUAAGGAGAAGCUGCUGGCAUCUGAAGUGGUUAAGAAUUACAGAAACUCAGUCAUUGCACUUAAAAACAACGGUGAAACAGAAAGUAACAUGUCUCAGUACAAGGAAUCGGUGAAGAAAUUGUUGAAUAUACAAGCAUGAGAGCAGAGUCUGCAGGUAUACCUAAUCAUUACAGAGAUGUUCAAUUACUGUAUUAGUAUGUCUUAAUGAUAUGGAUGUGUAAAUAUUCAGAACCUGAAGCAAAAAAAUGAAACUUGAUGAUGAGUUAAGUCCUGUCCAUUAAUCUUUUCCAUUGAAUAAAGUAUGUUUGGAUUCAUACUGGUAA